GUUAAUCGAUGUUUCGCUAAUAUCGAUAGCGCUUCGAUGCAAGAAAGCUCUUGUUUUAAGAAACAACAAGUCAGAUCGGUGUCGGCUGUCGGUUUUUUCCAUUAGAACUUAACGCAAGAAGAAGAUGUCGGCUACAGAAGGAAAAGUAAUCACAUGCAAGGCGGCGGUUGCCUGGGAGGCGAAGAAACCACUUGUUAUUGAGGAAAUCGAAGUCGCCCCACCAAAAGCUCAUGAAGUGCGGAUCAAGAUUACGGCAACCGGCGUUUGCCACACGGAUGCCUUCACCUUGAGUGGUGCCGAUCCUGAGGGUCUGUUUCCCUCGGUGCUGGGCCACGAGGGCGCCGGCAUUGUAGAGAGCGUUGGGGAGGGCGUGACCAAUUUCAAGGCAGGCGAUCAUGUCAUUGCUUUGUAUAUUCCACAGUGCAACGAGUGCAAGUUUUGCCUAAGCGGCAAGACGAAUCUCUGCCAGAAGAUUCGCGUUACCCAGGGCGCUGGUGUGAUGCCCGAUGGAAGCAGCCGUUUCACAUGCAAGGGCAAACAGUUGUACCACUUCAUGGGCACAUCCACGUUUUCGGAGUACACUGUCGUGGCAGACAUUUCGCUGACCAAAGUUAAUGAGACUGCGCCUCUGGAGAAGGUGUGUCUGCUGGGCUGCGGCAUUUCCACUGGCUACGGCGCAGCUCUGAAUACUGCUAAGGUUGAACCCGGCAGCACGUGUGCCGUCUGGGGAUUGGGUGCAGUUGGCUUGGCUGUGGGACUGGGUUGUAAGAAGGCCGGCGCUGGCAAGGUCUAUGGCAUUGAUAUCAAUCCUGACAAAUUCGAGUUGGCCAAAAAAUUCGGCUUCACCGAUUUCGUCAAUCCCAAAGAUGUGGCUGACAAGGGUGCCAUUCAAAACUAUUUAAUUGAUCUAACUGAUGGUGGCUUCGAUUACACUUUCGAAUGUAUUGGUAAUGUGAACACUAUGCGUGCUGCCCUGGAGGCCACACACAAAGGCUGGGGCACCUCAGUUGUCAUCGGUGUCGCAGGCGCAGGCCAAGAAAUUUCAACUCGGCCCUUCCAAUUGGUUGUGGGUCGCGUGUGGAAGGGAUCUGCCUUUGGUGGAUGGCGUUCAGUUAGCGAUGUUCCGCGCCUUGUGGAGGAUUAUUUGAAGAAGGAUCUGCUGGUUGAUGAGUUCAUUACCCAUGAAAUGCCAUUGUCUGAAAUCAAUGAGGCUUUUGAUCUGAUGCACAAAGGCGAAAGUAUUCGCAGCAUUAUCAAGUACUAAAACGCCUGCAUGAUACAUUUCAAUCUGAUUUUGCAUAAAACAAUAAAGAUUAUAACUUUUCUACAAAUUACACAUA